AUGGCUUCGGGCGGCGGACGCAAAUGGCAACAGUUGCUGCAGGAGCUGAUAAUGAUUGCUGGCACAUCCCUCUCCACAUAUUUCGUAGUCCGAUUCCUCCUCUCCAAAGUCGAGUUUGAUCCCGAAAGCCAGAAGCAUGAGGAAGCAAAGCGGAGAUCUGCGGCCAUAUUGCGACGCCUCAAUACACCCAAAGAUUCAGAUGACGAAUCCCAGAGCCGGAGGGGUCGUCCACGAAGACAGAAGAAAGAAGAUCUCGUGCUGUCUCAUUAUGAGCAGGCCAUCGCAAUGGACGUGGUGGCACCGGAGGACAUCCCCGUGUCAUUUAACGACAUUGGUGGGCUGGAAGAUAUCAUUGAAGAAUUGAAGGAGUCCGUCAUAUACCCCUUAACUAUGCCACAGUUGUAUUCCUCCACAUCCUCACUCCUAAGUGCACCUUCCGGUGUGCUUCUCUACGGCCCACCGGGCUGUGGCAAGACGAUGCUGGCAAAGGCUCUCGCCCACGAGAGCGGCGCGUGCUUUAUAAACCUUCACAUCUCAACUCUAACAGAGAAAUGGUACGGCGACUCGAACAAGCUGGUCAACGCAGUAUUUUCUCUCGCACGAAAACUGGAGCCCAGCAUAGUUUUCAUCGACGAGAUCGAUGCGGUGCUAGGGACUCGGCGGAGCGGCGAGCAUGAGGCUAGCGGCAUGGUCAAGGCCGAGUUCAUGACGCAUUGGGACGGGCUGACCUCGGCAAAUACAUCUGGCCAACCGCAGCGCGUUCUUAUACUGGGCGCCACGAAUCGGAUCCAGGACAUCGACGAGGCGAUUCUCAGACGCAUGCCGAAGAAAUUCCCUGUUACUUUACCGCCCACUGCGCAGCGAUUACGGAUACUGGGACUUAUAUUAAAGGAUACAAAGAUUGACCGGGAGAACUUCGAUUUGGAUUUCCUCGUCAAGGCCAUGUCUGGGAUGUCUGGCAGUGAUAUGAAAGAGGCUUGUAGGGAUGCUGCCAUGGUACCUAUCCGGGAGUUGAUACGAUCAAAACGAGACUCGGGAAUUACAAUGGAGACAGUUAACCCUGAUGAAGUCCGCGGGUUGCGUACGGAAGAUUUCUUUAAACGGGCUGGUGGGGGGAAGACUUUAAUAAGUGCAGCAGCAGGUGGUUACAGUGCGGAUAAGCGUAAAGCGGCCCUGACCAAGACCUCUAGCAGCCAAAAACAGUCUGGAAAGGAGUGGACGACUGAUUUGGAAUAG